CACACACGUCUGAUCAUGUUGGGCAAAAUAAUCGGACAGAAAUACGUGUCUAUCGCGAAAUCAUGGGUUCCCACGCUCGCGGUCUGGGGUGGAGUUGGAGGUGUUGCUCUCGUUCACUUCACAGACUGGAGGCUCAUCUUGGACUACGUUCCCUACAUCAGUGGAAAGUUCAAGAAGGAUGAUUAGAUGAAGGCUUGCUUUAGAUGGAUUGAAGAUGGAGACGUUUGUCAGUGUUGGAGAUGAAGACGUCGAUCCACUGUGUGAAUUGGACUAAUGAAUCGCCCUCCUUUUGUUCAUCACUACUAAUGAACAAUGUGAUAUUUAUUUUUUGGAGUGUUCAGUCCAUUUUUCCCUCAUGAAAAGCCUCACGAUUAGAAUCUAAUGAUUAUAAAGAUGUAUAUGUAAUGUUUCUAUAAAGACCUUCAUCAUUUCUUUCCACUGAAUCCUCAUGGAAUAAAUCCACUGUAAUUCUGUUAUCGAGAACGUCAUCGUGGACCUGAACUCGACUUUUUAAUUCUGUUGUGAUCUCAGUGCCAUCCGCUCAACCGCGGGUUACUGGCAAUGCUUGUUAAUAAAUCAGAGAAGAUGAA